GCCAAGAUGGCGGGCGGGGAGGUAGCAGCGGCGGCAGCGCUGGCAGCUGUCGGGGAGCGUGUCCGUCUGCGGUCGGGCAUGUAAUCACCCCGGGCGCCCCGCGGCCCUGCCCCCCCACCCGCGCCGUCGGAGCCAGGCCGGGCUGCGGAAGCAGCGGCCGCCGCCUCCCGCUUUCUCCUCCCCCGUGGCUGCCAGCGAGGAUGUUCUCGGCCCUGAAGAAGCUGGUGGGCUCUGACCAAGCCCCCGGUCGGGACAAGCCCAUCCCGGCCGGGCUGCAGUCCAUGAACCAGGCGCUGCAGAGGCGCUUCGCCAAGGGGGUCCAAUACAACAUGAAAAUUGUCAUCCGAGGGGACAGGAACACAGGGAAGACCACUCUUUGGCAUAGACUCCAAGGAAAGAAAUUUGUAGAAGAAUACAUUCCUACUCAGGAGAUCCAAGUCACCAGCAUCCAUUGGAAUUAUAAAACCACUGAUGAUAUUGUGAAAGUCGAAGUCUGGGAUGUAGUGGACAAAGGCCAAAAAAUCCAACUGCGUGAAGCUUUGGGCAAAUGCAAAAAGCGAGGGGAUGGUUUAAAACUGGAAAAUGACCCUCAGGAGGCAGAGUCAGAGAUGGCUUUGGAUGCAGAAUUCCUGGAUGUGUAUAAGAACUGCAAUGGUGUAGUGAUGAUGUUUGAUAUCACCAAGCAAUGGACCUUUAACUACAUCCUGAAGGAGCUUCCUAAAGUGCCGACUCAUGUUCCAGUGUGCGUGCUUGGGAACUACCGGGACAUGGGUGAGCAUAGAGUCAUCCUACCAGAUGAUGUCCGGGAGUUCAUCGAUAACCUGAACAGGCACAAUGUUCUUCUUUCCAUUUCUUUCAUGCUGGGCAGACCUCCUGGCUCUUCGUACUUUCGCUAUGCUGAGUCUUCCAUGAAGAACAGUUUCGGCCUCAAAUACCUGCACAAAUUCUUCAACAUCCCAUUCUUGCAGCUGCAGAGAGAGACAUUGCUGCGACAGCUGGAGACAAAUCAACUCGACAUUGACGCGACGCUGGAGGAGCUCUCUGUGCAGCAGGAGACGGAAGAUCAGAACUACGAAAUCUUCCUUGAGAUGAUGGAGGCUCGCAGCCGAGGGCAUGCUUCCCCUCUGGCAACCAAUGGGCAGAGCCCUUCAUCAGGGUCUCAGUCACCAGUGGUUCCACCAGGCAACACUUCGGGGAGUUCAAGCCCAAGCACCCCCCAGCCGCAGCUUCCACUCCCUCAGCAGAAUCCAGCCAUCCCAGCCACUUCCCUGGAACCGCCUACAUCCCAAGUGCCGGUGCUUCUGCCAGAGCCCCAGCUACCUGUAGGAACAGCUGCCCCCACCCCUGCAGUUGCAGCCCCACCUCAGAAGCGCAGCAUCAUCUCUCGGCUUUUUGGAACAUCUCCUGCUCCUGAAAUGCCCCCACCUCCACCAGAUCCAGCAACUGCUGCUUCUGCUCCUGAUGCUCCUUUGAAAGUGCAGAGUGUGGAGGACUUUGUUCCCGAAGACAGCUUGGACCGCAGCUUCCUCGAUGACCCCAUCCCGCAUAGAGACAAGGGGAAACCUCAAGCUAAGCUGCGCACUGACAGCGAUAGUGACAGGGACGUUCCUGGAGGGAACCCGAUGGUUGCUGGUUUCCAAGAUGACCUGGACUUGGAUGACCGUGUACCCAGCAAGCCCUUACCAGCAGCAGAGCUGGUACCAAGCAAAGACAUUGCCCUGUCAAGUGAUGAGGAGGAAAGGGAAGAACAACACUCCAAAUUCACUAUCAUGGCUGAUGAAGAUAUUGGCUCUGAACAAGAGGCGAAAAGGUCUUCCAGAAAGCCCGUGAAACCCCACAAACCAGUAGCUUCUACCAAAGCAGUAGACUCGAAGGUUCCUGCUGGCUUACCUGCUCAGCUUGAGUUUGAGCAAAACUGCAGCGCCAAGUUUUCCACUGCUGUUGUUGGCACAGAGGCUGCCUCCUCAGCAUCAGCCGCACCAUCCCGUCUUCAGAAGGCCACCACCCCGGCAAAGCCCUUUGCUUCUAAACAUAAAGGGGACAAACGAGAGGAGUCAGACAGUGAUCCAGAGGGACCAAUAGCUACACAAAUGCUCUCAUUCGUCAUGGAUGAUCCAGAUUUUGAAAGUGAAGAGUCAGACAGCCAGAAGAGGAGAGUGGACGAGUUCCCUGUGCGAGAAGACCUCUCUGACAUCUCUGAUGAAGACACAACUUCAAAACCCCCACAACCAUCAAAGCCAGCGAUCCAUUCCUUCAAGCUGAAGAAUGAUUCAGAUCUCUUUGGCCUGGGCCUGGAUGAACCAGGUCCCAAGGAAAGCAGCGAGGAAGAUAAAGAGAAGCAGUCCUCCAAAGAGAAAAAGAAGAAAAAGAAGAAGAGCAACAAAGAGGAAGAAGAGAAAUCAGUGGCAAAGAAGAAAAGCAAACACAAGAAGGUCAAGGAGAAAGAGAAGGAGGAGGGCAAGGAGGAGAAGAAGAAGAAGAAGAAGCGGGGCCGGGAGAAGGACAGUGGAAUCGAUGAACUGGAGGCCUUUCUGGGGGGUGGAGCGGGUGUCAGCAAGCUGCGUGGGGGCGGAGAUUAUGAGGAACUGUAGCCCCAUUCUGCCACGCCCACAUUCCGCAGGCGCUCCUCAUGGUAGGCUGCCAGAGGGCCGGAUAGGUGAGGCUGUGGCCCUUUCUGCCACGAAGACUGCUUGAAACGCAGAAGGCUGGCUGGAUCAAGAGAGGCUUACUGCCUGGGUGGAGGAAUGGUGGUGAAGCUCAGUUCUGGAGUUACUUGGGGAGGGGACAGGCCAAGAAUUGGCUUGUUGGCUGCCCAAGGCUCCUAAGUCCCUGGCUUUGCAGCCUCCUUCCUGAGAGACCACUGGGUCAGGCUUGGCCAAGGGAGGAGCAGGGGUACACUCUCCUAGUCUCCCCAGCGCACAUCAUUUGUCUCACCAGAGCAAUGGAAUGGAUGGCAGCAGAGUGCUGCUCUUGUCCUCCGGAAAGAACCACAUCUAAUUAUGGAUUUGUGCUAUUUUUUUACCAGAGAAGCAGUUAUUGACUGGCUCGACUGAGAGCCUGCAGGAGUAAUGCGGUUGAGCUUCUGAAAGCUGCAGGGUUUUGGCAAGAGUGGGGAGGCAAGGGGGGGGGGGAAUGGGAGGCCAUUCAUGUUGUUCUGUAGCCCAGUUAGCCUUUCCUGCUGCUGCAGGGAUCCAGAGGACCCCAUUGAUUUCUACAGCCCCAGGUGUCCCUGACACUGCUUGUAAGCUGCUGUGCAGUUUGGGAAGGAACGGCAGAGUUGCCUGUUAAAAACUUAGGAGAAAGCCCUGCCCCCCUUUGCCCCCACGCCUCCCUUCGGUGUUGUAUUUUGCGUAUCUUGGAAACCAGCCCAGGAAAGUACCUCUCAGGGACUGUCUUCAGCGCAGAAGCGGAGUUAACAGAAAUCCAGAGGGUUUCAGGGAAGAUUUUCUUUUUGUAUAAUGGAAGCUGUUUGAAAAUAGCCCCCUCAGCUGUUAGCUACCUCUUAGCAAAGAGCUGGGGAGAUCAGCAAGAGGAGGGGAUGACUCUUCUUGUUGUUGGUUCCAUGUUAAUGGCGUUGAGCCUCUGAUCCCAUGGCUCGUCGUCCCCUGUUGCCAGAGCAGAGCGCACCUCAUCAUGUGAUUUUUUUUUUGAAGGGUUCUUUUAAGUCUGGCCCCCUGAACUGGUGCAUGUUCUUGGCUGUGUAAGUCAUGGCCGGCUCCAGAUACCAGUUUGCCUGCCUGUCUUGCCUUUCUGUGUUGAAGUGCGUGGCUCCUGCAACCCUCCGCACACCUCCUUUGUGUCGCUGUGCUCCCACACCCCAAGCCUGCCUGCCCCAACCUAUCCCAAGGAAAACUGGUAGACAGGUCCUAAGCCUUCCGUUGCCUUUUUGUGUGUGGAUUGGAUUUGGUUUAUUUUUAACAUUCCCCCUCUUCCCUCCCAACUGUCUGCAGAGGAAUCAGGUGAUGUCCAAGAUGAGUUGAUUCCCCAGCGGCUGCUUUGGCUCCAGUCUCCUCUUCAGAGGUUUAUUUCCCUUUGAGAAACACCCUUGUGAUAGUUUGCAUAUCAAUCCAGCCGCCACGAGUCUUACUGCAUGAACUGAUCAUCUCAGGAACGUUCUCUCACUGACCCAUCCUCGAGCUCUUGAUACAUGAGGUGCUUGUUGUAGCGGGGGUGGGGGGUGGGGAGCAGAGGGAGACUGUGCAUCAAAAUAUCUUCAAUCAUCCCCACCCCUGGGAGGAGAAGCCUGCCAGGGUCCCUUCUAACCGUUUCUGUAAGCCCCCCUUAUCUAGAAACUCAUACCUGAGCCUGACUGAGUUCCAUAAGAGUGUCUUGGUCAUGUUCCUUUUUUUGUUUGUUUGGGGGGAAACCCCAAUGGUGCACUCCAUUCCAAACCUAUAAAGCUCUCAGUUGAA